AUGUGCUGCACUGGGAAAUGUGCCCGGCUGGUGGGACUGAUCCUGCUGCCUUCAGCUUUCAUCUGUAUGAUCACCAACGUGCUGCUGUUCUUCCCCAAUGGAGAAAAACUGGAGACCGACCAGAUCUCCCUGCAGGUCUGGCUCAUGGGGGGCAUCAUCGGAGGAGGCCUGUUUAUGUUGUGUCCGAGCUGCUCAUCCAUCAGGGCCGGGGGCAAAGGUUGCUGCGGGAAGGGCUGCUGUGGCAACCGCUGUCGAAUGCUGAACUCUGUCUUCUCCUCGGUGUUCGGCCUGAUUGGAGCCAUCUACUGCAUCUCUGUGGCCGGGGCUGGUUUGGCCAUAGGACCCCUGUGUCAGCUCUCCAAUGGAAAGUGGGAAUACCCAUUUGAAAAUCUGGGGAACGCCAGCUACAUCACCAACCAGACGCUGUGGGAAGAAUGCCUCUACCCCCAAAACGCAGCGCUGUGGCACAUUGUUUGCUUCUUCAUCCUGCUCGCCGUGGGCCUGCUGCAGCUGCUGCUCUGCGCCAUCCAGGUGGUCAACGGCUGCCUGGGCUGCCUCUGCGGGGACUGCCGGGACAGCAAAGAGGAUGACAGCGGACUGUGA